AUGCAUGCCCUGCUGGUGCUGCCCAAGACGCUGGCCGUCAACGCGGCAAAGGACGCCACUGAGCUGGUGGCCAAGCUCAGGGCCUUCCACCACUCAGCACAGACCGACCCCUCCAAGGCCGGCCUGGCUGAGUACGGGCUGGACCUGGUGGAGGGCCGGGUGCGCAACAAUGUGGAGGCCGGGGUGCUGGAGCCCGCGCUCAGCAAGACCAAGAUGAUCCAGUUUGCCACGGAGGCGGCCAUCACGAUCCUGCGGAUAGACGACCUCAUCCGGUUGGAACCGCAGCAGGACGGCGGCGACGACGAGUGA